GCCACUGACGUCACUGUCUAUGGGCGGGCAGCAAGAUGGCGGAGCGGGGCGCGCGGGCCGGCCGUGGGGCGCAGCCGCUCGUCAUCCCCCGCAACGCGGCCGAGGAACAGCGGCUGAAGCUCGAGCGCCUGAUGAGGCACCCGGAGAAACAAGUAUCCAUCGCUGAAAAACCCAAGGAAUGGGCUCCACGGCCACCCCCAGAAUUUGUUCGAGAUGUUAUGGGGUCAAGUGCCGGUGCAGGGAGUGGAGAGUUCCAUGUCUACAGACACCUACGUCGCAGGGAGUACAUGAGGGAGGAGUUCAUGGAGAAGCAAGCAAUCCAGCAUCGUCUGGACAAAGAAUUCCAGAGGAAAGUAGACCAGAACAAGAGAGCAGCAGAAGAGAGGACAGAUAAACGCAGGAAGAAACGUCAGAAGUUAAAAGAAAAGAAAAUAUUGGCAAAGAAAGUAAAGGAGGAAGAAAAGAAAGACAUUGAUGGGUCUGAAACCUCAAGCAGUGGUGAAGAGGAGGUGGAGGUGGAAGUUCCAGAGGAGAAGCCAGAUGAUUCUGAAGCACCAAGUUUUAUUAUGGGUGGUCGGUAACCCGAUUCCUGAUGGGCGUUGCGGUCUGUGCUGGAACCCCAUUGUCAAUUGAUGAGUGAUAAUGGUGUUUGCUCAUCAGGGACUUUGAACGAAGGUUCCCUUUCUAUGCAAAGGCAAGCAAACCCUCUGACGUUCACUUCAUGUAAUUAUUUGCUACAUUUGAUAUUCAAAUAGGAGAUGAUUUGCUAUGCUCUGACUGUUGUACAAUUUAAUGAACAUAGAAAGUUAGUAAACAUUUUAUACAAAC